GGCGUGGGGAGAAGACGCGCCGCAGCCUCCGGCCAGGGACGCGCUCGGGCUGCCAGGCGGGGGCGGCUCCGCGCUGAGCGAAGGGGCCGGGAAGCGCCUGGGGGAGCCGCCGGCGCCGCGCUGCCACCAUUAGCCGGGCGGCGAGAGGAGGAGCCGGGGGAGCCGCCGCCGCGUGUUACUCAACUCACACGUGGAACAGACAACUCUAGAGUGAAAGAUGGAGCAAUUAUCAGAUGAAGAACUUGAUCAUGGUGCAGAAGAAGAUAGUGAUAAGGAAGACCAAGAUCUGGACAAGAUGUUUGGACAAUGGCUUGGAGAGCUGGACAAACUCACACAGAGUUUGGAUACAGACAAGCCCAUGGAGCCAGUAAAGAAAUCCCCUCUUCGCCAAGAAACCAACAUUGCCAAUUUCUCCUAUCGCUUCUCCAUGUACAAUUUGAAUGAAGCCCUGAAUCAGGGGGAGACUGUGGAUCUGGAUGCCCUCAUGGCUGAUCUUUGUUCCAUAGAGCAGGAGCUCAGCAGCAUUGGGUCACAAUCAGCAAAUAGUGCUGCAAUGAAGCGUCUAGCCACAGAAACAAAAGUAGCUCAGAAACCACCUGCUGGUCGACUUUCCUCUAAACACAGCAGUAUAAAAGGAUCGUCCUCUUCAUCUGGUAGGGUAACUAAGCCUUCAAAUGCCAACUUUUCCUUGGAGGACAUUACUGCCCAGUUGGAGAAGGCUUCUUUGAGCAUGGAUGAAGCAGCCCAGCAAUCUGUAAUGGAAGAUGCUAAACCUGUAGUUACUGCUCAGCAUAGGAGGACAGCAUCAGCUGGCACAGUGAGUGAUACUGAAGUGCGCUCUAUCAGUAACUCAUCCCGUUCCAGCAUAACCUCUGCAGCAUCCAGCAUGGACUCCUUGGAUAUUGAUAAAAUGACAAGACCUCAGGAACUGGAUUUGACACAGCAAGGGCAACCCAUUACUGAGCAUAAUGUUUCUGUGGGACAUCCCAUCAAGCAGUCCAAGCGUCACAUUGACUUCACAGAAGAGGAGGCUGAGCUGACUCCUCACUCCUAUUUGGACAGGGAAACAUCCCUUCUUCUGAGAAACAUUGCAGGAAAGCCUUCUCAUUUGCUGACCAAGGAGGAGCAGGCUGCUAAACUGAAAGCUGAGAAGAUCAGGGUUGCUUUGGAAAAGAUUAAAGAGGCACAAGUGAAAAAGCUGGUAAUCAGAGUUCACAUGUCUGAUGAUAGCUCCAAAACUAUGAUGGUGGAUGAGAGACAGACAGUAAGACAAGUACUGGACAAUCUGAUGGACAAAUCCCACUGUGGCUACAGUUUAGACUGGUCACUGGUAGAAACCAUAUCUGAAUUACAAAUGGAAAGAAUCUUCGAGGACCAUGAAAAUUUAGUUGAAAAUCUUCUAAACUGGACCAGAGACAGUCAAAACAAACUUAUAUUUGUGGAACGUAUAGAAAAAUAUGCACUUUUCAAAAAUCCCCAGAACUACCUGCUGGGGAAAAAAGAAACCUCUGAGAUGGCAGACAGAAAUAAAGAAGUGCUGCUGGAGGAAUGUUUUUGUGGCAGUUCUGUAACUGUGCCAGAAAUAGAGGGAGUCCUGUGGCUGAAAGAUGAUGGCAAGAAGUCUUGGAAGAAGCGUUAUUUUCUUUUGCGAGCUUCUGGAAUCUACUAUGUCCCUAAAGGAAAAGCAAAGGUCUCGCGAGAUCUGGUGUGCUUUCUUCAGCUAGAUCAUGUCAAUGUUUACUACGGACAGGACUAUCGGAACAAGUACAAAGCACCUACAGAUUACUGUUUAGUGCUGAAGCACCCUCAGAUUCAGAAGAAGUCUCAGUAUAUCAAAUAUCUCUGCUGUGAUGACGUGAGAACUCUACACCAGUGGAUAAAUGGCAUUCGUAUUGCUAAGUAUGGGAAGCAACUGUAUGUGAACUACCAGGAAGCCCUGAAGAGGACAGAGUCAGCAUAUGACUGGACUUCCUUGUCAAGCUCCAGUAUCAAGUCAGGAUCAAGCUCUUCCAGUUUACCAGAGUCUCAGUCAAAUCACUCUAAUCAAUCUGACAGUGGAGUUUCUGACACCCAACCAACUGGCCAUGUCCGUUCCCAAAGUAUUGUCAGCUCUAUCUUCUCUGAGGCCUGGAAGCGAGGCACUCAGCUGGAAGAGUCCAGCAAGGCCAAAAUGGAGUCUGUGAGCCGACCCUUCACUUCACUUGCACCUGCCAUGUCCCCACAAAUUAAAGUGGCUACCCCAUACACAGCUUCUCAGCCAUCGCCUCCCCUUCCACCACCCCCACCGCCACCACCCCCACCUCCUCCACCCCCUCCUCCGCCACCACCACCGCCUCUUCCCAGCCAGUCUACGCCUUCGACCGGCUCAGCAGCCCCCCUGUUUGUCAAGUACAGCACGAUCACGAGGCUGCAGAAUGCCUCCCAGCAUGCUGGGCCUCUCUUUAAACCUCCCCCCAUCACCCAGCAAAUGCCACCACCCCCAGCGCUGGGAAAACUGCCCAUGCUGGUGGCUCCCCCUCCUCCCCCACCUCCUCCUCCACCUACCCCCGGAUCAGCUAUGGCACAGCUGAAACCAGCCCCCUGUACCCCGUCAGUGCCACCAUUCACCCCACCACCACCCCCUCUCAAAAUCCAUCAGGUUCCACAGAACGUUACUCCAGUGGCUGUGUCAUCACCAUCCCCUCUUCCUCCCCCUGUGCCUGCAGCACCUCCCCCACCAGCCCCUCCUAAACCCCUCCUACCUGUCCCCACGCAGGCAAGUGCAAAGGCAGCAUCGCCCAUCGUGACCAACAUCCCGCCACCCGGGCCCAUUCCCCCUCCUCCUGCAAUAAAAAAGCAGCCAAAUUUCACAGCUUCCCAAGUUCCUCCACCAGCACCUGUUCCUCCAGGGCCUACUCCCCCACCCACCUUACCAAAACAGCAGAGUUUCUCUGUUAAACCUCCCCCAUCCCCUCAGUCUCCUGUGCCAUCUGUUGUGAAGCAGAUAGCCAGUCAGUUUCCACCUCCCCCGACCCCUCCAGCCACAGAGCCUCAGCCUUUAAAGCCUGUCCCAGUAAGUGGGGCACCACAGUCUCCCCCAGCAGUGAAAGCAAAGCCCAAGUGGCAGCCCACCUCUGCUCCAUCUCCUGAUUUUCCUCCUCCUCCACCUGAGAGCAGCUUAGUGUUUCCUCCGCCACCUUCCCCAGCUCCCUCUGCAGCUUCUCCUACCCUGGACAAGGCGGGAUCUCCAGUCAAAAAGGCCAGCAAGACCUCAAGUCCUGGAGGGAAGAAACCACCUCCAACACCUCAACGAAACUCUAGCAUCAAAUCCAGCAGCUCUGCUGAGUAUCAUGAAUCUAAGAGACCUUCGGUGGACAGCCUUGUCAGCAAAUUUGCACAUCCACCAGAGCCUUCAGGAUCUCCUUCCAAGGAGCCUCCACCUCCUCCUGCAGCUCCUCCAAAGCCAGGAAAGCUAAAUCUUUCUGGGGUGAAUCUGCCUAUAGUUCUUCAGCAAGGAGGUAUUUCAGCAAAGGUACCUGCAGUAGGAGUGUCUGGGAAGGAUCCCAUGGUAGAAUUUCCUUCUCCUCCAUCCGAUUCAGACUUUCCACCACCUCCACCAGAAAUAGAUCUGCCUUUACCACCAGUAGAGAUCCCAUCCGUGUUUUCAGGUAGCACCUCUCCAAAAGUUGCUGUUGUUAAUCCGCAGCCUCAGCCCUGGUCUAAAUCAUCAGUGAAAAAAGCCCCUCCGCCCACACGUCCCAAGCGGAAUGACAGCACCCGGCUUACGCAGGCAGAAAUCAUGGAAUCACAGGGGCCGGUCAGUCCACAAGUGCCCACCUCGCCCAAGUCCAGCCUUAGUGUUCAGCCUGGCUUCCUGGCAGACCUAAACAGGACUCUGCAGCGGAAGUCCAUCACUCGGCAUGGCUCUCUCUCUUCUUCCCGUGUGUCCAGAACAGAGCCGACUGCCACGAUGGAUGACAUGGCCUUGCCUCCACCCCCACCGGAACUGCUUGCAGACCAGCAAAAGACUGGCAGCUAUGGAGGCAGUCAUAUAUCAGGCUAUGCAACGUUGCGGAGGGGGCCACCGCCUGCUCCCCCCAAAAGGGAUCAGAACACCAAGCUGUCUAGGGACUGGUAAUCACUAGGUGAACUCUAUUUUGCGUGACUUUCAGUCAGUUCUACAAUCAGCAAAUCUGUACUUUGUGUGGAGAGAGAACAUGUGACUUGUGCGAUAACAUGAGGAAGACGUGGUCUCCCACUGUCACUAAGGGUAACUGUAUGCAUUCCCCUUCAGAACUAGUCCAAAAAGUUGGAGGGUUUGGGUUUGACUAUUUCAAGGGUGUGGAGGGGCAUUGUCCUCUCCCUUGCAAUUUCUUUUAUCCUUCAUAUGGAUUGGACCAAAAAACCUUUCUUACUUUUUUCUGCAUUUAAGAAAAAAAAAGAAUUUUUUUGUAGUGUCUGUCCAUGUGAGAUAAGUUUGUGCAUGUAUUAUAAAUGUAGUUAUAUAAUAGAUUGUGAUAUAUUACGUCGCAGUUAUAGAAGAUAACCAGAAUGUUUUUGUAGCUCUGUAUUUAUUGUUUCAGUCCACUGACGUAUAUAUUACUCGGAAUUGGACUCUAACCAGUCAAACCUUUACAUGAAGAUGAAGAUGUAGGGGGCACUUUAAAUCAAAAAAGCAUCUUUUGGCAGUUUGUGACGGGUAAAUGGUACAGAACUGAAGCAUUCUGUCAGUAUCUGUACAUUUUCAAUUGAUUGAAAAUACAGACACAACAUACCAAAACAUUCUGGUCGUAAUACUACUGAAAAUAAAUACUUUUUUUUUUUUUUUUUUUUUUUUUUUUUUUUUGCUCAAAAUGUAAGUUAUAUAUAAUGGGCUGGAGUGAAAUAUAUUUAUACUAUAAAGAGCCUCCCCCUCCAAAUAGUUGAAAACCACUCACAGCUCCAAGUUCCUUGUCCAUACAGUAAGUGGGAUACAUAUAUAUUAUUCCAAUCCCAUACACAUUCUAAUGUGGUAAGAAGUCUGGUAGCCACAAUUCCUUACUUUGACACACUGGGAGGCUUAACGAUCUGUUAUGUGAUACAUCAUCAGUACAUGUGAAAAUACAGGUAUGUUUCUGUAUUCAGUAAUACUUUCUGCCACAUGCACACACCAUAUAUAGAUGCUCACCUUAUCUGUGCCUGAAGAGAUGAAUUAUCUUUACAAAAAAUGGCUGAGAACCCUUGAGGAAGCAUUGUGUGUAAUUUGCCAGCUGUGAGCUAGAAGCUUUCAUUUGGGGAGGGAGGGAUGGGAGUGGUAAUUUCGGUCCACAAAUAGCUGGGAACCUGUUUUCUUUGACCUUUUGAGACGGCAACAAAUGCAUAAGCCUAUUAAUUAACAAAUUGCACUUCUGGCAGUCAUGGAAGAUGACUGAAAAAAUAUAUAAUUUGGGAGCUGAUAAAAUCUGUUAGGAAUCCAGUUACAUCAUCAGGGGCCUUAUUAGGUGGAAAUAGAAUACUUUAUUUGAUUUGUUAUUUAUUUAUUGCUGAUUACAACCGUAAGAUCAAAAUAAUAGAAUCCUUUUUCUUGUAAUCUGCUAGUUUUUGAUUGUGCAGUCUUACCUGGGUAUCGGACAUUGUGAUAUGAUAGUAUAGUUAGUAUAAGCGAUCUUGCAUCUCGUGUAUGUGCAGUACAGUGUAUGUUGUAAAAUAACUCCAAUAUUAGCGCUGUACCUUAACAUGCUCGUUUGUGUGAAUUUCCCUGAUCACUAAAGGGACACUAUCAAGAUUGGGGUGGUCAGAUUUUUUUUUUUUCCUUCAAAAAUAAAUUCUAAAUGCUCUUACUUUUUUUUCUAAAACAAGAAACCAAGAAAGCAGCCCAGAAAUCACAAGCAAUGCUACGAUAGAUCACGUGCGUUGAUAAAGUAGAAACUAAUAUUUGAUCAGAGAGAAUAUUUGCCAUUUGGGCUUGUCAAUGUGAGAAGCAUCGUUACAGCGUUCCCCCUUUUUAAAAGUAUAAUAAUAAUCCACGUGAGGAAACGAGUGUUUGAUUAGGAAAAAAUGAGCGGUGCUGUCUCUGCUGACUUGUUUCAUAUGAUUUUGAAUCUGCUUCAGCACCUCCAGGAAAUCGUUGUAAUAUUUUAGAGUAGUUUAUUUGAGCAAUAAGAAUAUACCAUUGUGUGCAUUUUUAAAGCACUGCUGUGGAAAGGCACUUUUUUGUAUCUUUCAAACUGUUCACAAAAGUUUUAUUUCUACUAUUUUUGUGCUUAUAAAGUGUCCUUAAAAGCAUUGGCAUUGUUGAUUUUAAGCAUGCUCAGUUAGUUGAUUAGUGUCUUAGUAACAAGAUGGUUGAACUAUGCUACAAGUAAUGGGUGCUGUAAUUUUCUACAUUGUUCCUGAUGCUGCUUGUACUGUAUGCUGGCCCUCGAUCUCGCGCCUUCCAGUGGAGUUACAGGUGCACAGAUAGGAAUUCUAGCCUCGUCGUUUUUAUUGAUAAGUUUACCUACUGAUCACUGCCAGCAUGCACCCAUGUUCUCUGGGAGCUAAAUCCGUUAGUUGAUUCUUUUAUCUUCAUCCUCCUCCCCUCCCCCAUAACUCCACUGGUGCAUGUCAGCCCUAUCAUUCUCCCUUUUAUUCAUUUGAUGUAGGUGCCUCUGGGAUCUGCACUUGUUCGUAAUUAUGGCAGAGGAAUGUCUUAAAUGCAAUUUCUUCAAAGGCAGAUGAGAAUUGUUCUCUGUUUCCUAUGAUCAGGUUCAUUUGUCUAAUAUUUGUUUCCCAUGGGAUCUUGAAUGUGUGCUCACUAAUACAGGCCACUGAACAGUUUGCUGGAAGUCAGAAAACAGAACUCCAUAUUGGCAGCAAAAAGAGUGAGUGGAACAGGAACUCAAUCUUUUUGUUAUUUGUUAGCUUUGGGCAAUCCGACAACCUUUUGUGUCUUUGAAGAAAUGUUAACGCAGUGAAUGUCCACAGUUCCCAUGUAUUUUAUUUCUGUACCUGCAUGAGUUAUAUAAACCAAAAGAUGCAGUGCUCUUUUAAAAUAGGGUCCCUGCAGGGGGGGGGGGAGGGUUGAAGCUUCUCCUUGAGUUCUGGUUUUCCCACCUCUUAUUUUUUAGCGUUUGUGUUCUUGUCAAAACUCUUCUUCAAGGUACUGUAGUCUUUGCUAGUGUCUGUCCCCAGUCCAGUGUUGGUACAAGCUAAGUCGUAAAAACUGGCUGCAAUGCUCUCAACGAAGUGUACUGAAACUAGACCACAGGGUGGCAAAAAUUAAAUAACCUGCUUGCCAUUGCAAACCUUGAGAAUCCUGAUGGCAACUGCUUUUCCAGCUUAUUUGCUGUUCUGUUCUAGUAUUCAAAUGUAUAAGCCUUGUUUGCAAGUAAUUUUCUCCCUGCUCAUUGAUUUGGAAAUUGCCUCAUUUCUUCCCUCUCUUUUAACCUCUUUGCUUCCUCUCUCUCUCUCGUAGUGAGAAAGUAGUUUCUGCAAAGAAUAUUGACCAUAAAUUGGAUUUAGUCAGCAUAGCACCUUGGAGCUGACCAGCCAUACUUUAGACCAACGGAGCAGACGGUUUGAUCCCAUAUUAUUAACAAAAUACAGGUGUAGUUUAAAUUACUUUUAAACAAAUAUUUGCCACUUGCUAGGACCUCCACUCAGAGUGCUUUUUUUCUCUUGCAAGAGCAGCUGAUCCCAGAGCUGCAUUCCUUAGCCUGUUGUGAUGUUCUCUAUACCUAUUUUCCCAUCUGGAAAAUGGGGAUAACUCCGAUCUACCUCACUGGGGUGUUGUGGGGAUUAAUUAAUGUUUGAAUAUGUAAAACAGUAUUUUCACAAGUCUUGUAGGAGAAACACAAGCCCUACGAUAGAUCCUAGUAUGGAAGCACAAGAGAAAAUGACAUCCAUGUAAGAAAAUGUGACUAUUCUAGUCAGCCUGUGUACAUUGUCAAUGAUUUAGAAUCUGAAGCUUUUUAUUUAAAAAACAUUUUUUCACCUUUAAUCAGGAAACACUGAUGGGUCUGCAAGGUGCUUGGAGUUGCAGGUGCCUGAGGGACUAGAAUUGAUGUGAGAAUAAAAGGAGUGUGUUUUUCAGAGCACUUUGCUAAACAUAAGCCAGCCAAGACAGGAGAGAGGUGCUUUCAAUACAGCAAGGCCAGGCAGUGAUGCUUUAGGUUAGCUGACUGAUGCCAGUACUGAAAAAUACAAACUAGGCAGGAAGAAAUCGCUGAGUGAAGGAGGUAGAGUGACAUGAACACAUAACACAGUCACAGGCCACUAGAUUUCUCUUAUGUUUGGGACAAGGUGGAACUCUGGGGCUAAAUGGCAAGUCUGAGGCAUCAGAAUAAGUAUUGUGAGAAUUGAUGAGGUCAGAGAGUAAGUGGGGGAAAGAGAAGAGGACUAGGGAACAGCUCUGUAAAACGAGCAAUAGGAAGAACUGGAGCCAAGUUUGGUUAUCCCUUCUAAUGUCUGAGCAAGUAGCAACCACUAGUUGCUAAGUGCCACAGCCUAGUAGAAGGGGGCAGAAUUCAUUCAAUCCAAACAUCUUCAGUCAGAAGAAAGUAAAAAGCAAAGCCAAGUGUGUACUGAAACAGAAACAGUGGAGGACCAGAAACCAGGGAGCCACUUCAGGGUAAAUUACGAUGACUCCAAAACACAGAGUUGGCCCAUCCCAGUGCUCACCUGGGAGAAAGUUAUCCUGGUGCUGCUUCUCCUUGGGAGCACCUGUGACCAUCCAGCUAAAGGGGCAUUUCUGCCUCCGUUUUAAUUGCAGCAGGAGCCAUAGUUAGUCCUGUGGUAUAUUUUGCUGGGACUCAGUUCCUUUAGAAAGACCAACCAGGCUUAAUUUCAUAGACUGUCAAUUAAUUACAAAAAGUACUUUUAACAUGUAGUUGAUCACCUCUGAAUAAAGAUCAUAAGUUAUUGUGUGAGUGAUUGAAAUGCAGGUGUUUUAAAAUAGCUUAGUGUGGAAGUACACACUUUCCAGGAUGAGUUUAUAUGUAAAUUGGAGGAAUAGCUGACGUGUUUUGCUGAUGUCCUCUAGCAAGUAGGAGCACAUUGCCCUUUAACAUGAAAGUGGAGAGCAUUGAUCAUCCAAACACAAGCGCGGUGUCCUUGGUAAUGUUGUGCUUGUAAAACACUGUUGUUUUGUCACGGAUGGACAUUUGAGCUCUGAAUGUAGCAAAUAUGUCAACUUACUGCACUGAAUAUGUGCAGGUCUGCAAAGCUAGAGAGCACCUCCAUAAUGUGCCCAGAGAGAACGAUCUCUGUUUGUAGCGCAGCGCAGAAAAAAGCAGACUGUCCACUAGGUUCAGAACAGAGAAAAAGGAAUGUAAACAGUUCUCAGCCAAGUGUAGUUUUGAAAUGACUUUAGUGUCUAGAGCUUGGAUGUUCUAGCAUUGCACAGUAAGAAGCUAUUUUCAUCUUUUUACCUCAGUGCCCAGGGGUUAAAUUCAAUCCAAGAACAGUCAUCCUCAGUCUGGGUUGAAACUAUUUUCUUCCAUUAGAAGAGAAGUGAAAGUGCAGGUUCAGCACUAGAAGGAAAAAAUGAUUUUUUCCACUUGUUACAGAAAACUGUGAAGAGCCCUAUUACAUUAGCGGGCGACAAGGUGAAAUUGUUUUUCAUGCAGCUUAAGCUGACACUAUCUUGUUAGUUUGUUUUUUAUACAGCCCUAACAUAUAGGAAUCUAAAUGACUAUUGCGUGAUACAACCACUCCAUCCAGAAUACCUCCACUGAAAUCAAUGCCGUUGCUCUGGAUUUGCAAUGGGGUGACUCAGAACAGAAUGUUUUAUAUUUGUAGGCUCUUGUUCAAACAGGCAUUAAUUCAGGGACGUCUUAGGGCCCAUGCUAUGCAGGAGGUCAGACUAGCUGAUCACCAUGGUAUGUUCCGUGGUAGAUGAGUAUCAGCUUGCAGGGUUGGUUUUAUAGGGAAGAAGUCUGUUGGUCCUUGAUGGAGCAAAACUCCCAUUUGAGCUGGAGUUCUGUGUGAAAUUGGCCAUAAUACGUUCCAGUCUAGCUAUUAGCGCUACUGAAAAUUAAAUCCAAGAACACUAGUUUAUAAAUUUGCAUUGGAGUUGUUGCAACUCACUCUAAAUCUUUUUUGCAACUUCACAAAUGUUCAGCAUGCAGGUUUUCCUUUUCCAUAAAACUGAAUUUGCUGAAAUCUCAGCUAUUCAAAGUUUUGACACUAUGAAUUCUAAUUCAACAGCCAGCCAUAACCUGAGAUAAAGACCCAAAUAAUCUGUCCAUUUUUUUUCUUCUUUGAAGGGUACAUGUUAGUAAUUUAGGCAGUGUUCCUCUACUGUUACUAAUACUCUAGCAUAUUAACAUUGAAAUGAUUUUAAAUAGUUUACGUCGCUUUUUAUUUUAUUUGGGGGGGGGGGGCGAUUUCCCUCAGGCUGGACAGUGAAAAUAGUCUCAUAUACUUCUCUUUAGACUCAUUUUCAGUUCCUGGUUCUCUCAGAUUAGGAGGAUGCUGUAGAGCAGAUGGGUGGCAAACACUUCAGGGGAAAUGUUAUUUCUGUUUCCUUUGAAAUGUUUAAGCCCUGAAGAUUCCUGUCUGUAAAGCUUUUAUUUAUAACAUCGGCAUUCUUGUUGUAAAGUGACUUGCCAUUUCCCUUUCAAGUCUCUUCAUUUGGGGGCAGGGGGAGAACCAGCAAAGCAUUCCGAUACCAAGUUGUGGUGCUGAGAGCAAAGGGUUCUGCUGAUGGUUACAUCUCAUGAAUUACAAUCUUAGUUAAGCUUUGAAGAGAAAAUAAGUACGGUAUUUAGUACUUUCUUCCUUGUAUAUUUAAAUAAAAAAACACCACAGAGAAUGGAGCCAGUAAUGGUCCACCUGGAUUCACACAGGCCCUAAUUCUGGGGUUGGAGGUGGAGUGAAUGGAUGUUGUGGGUGUUUAGCACCUAUCAGGCCUGUGUAUGGCGCUUGAGAGGAGAUGCAGCUGGGCAGAAAGACUGUCACUUACCCACACACACAUUCCUGCCUUGCUUUGGGGGGGUGCAGUACCAGAAUAACUAAUGAAUGACUUGCAAAUAGUGUUCCUGAAAUAAGGAACUACUAGUAUAAAAUUUAAAACCCCUUUUUGGGACUACAAUCUCAGCGGCAUGGUGGAUGCAACAGUGCUUCUGCCAGGUGUUUUAAGUCCUGAGUAUACUUUCAGAAGGCAUGAGAAUUGACCUUGUCCUCUACCAUGAGUCUUUUAUCCACCACUGCCCUAGCUGCACUUCUUUGUGAUUACACUGCUGUCUACCAAAGAUGUAGCCGUUAUCUGCUUUCUUGGUUCUUGAGAAUGAGCAUGUUGGAGUUGGGGUGCAGCGAAAUUAAAGAGGUCAGCAGGUGCCAAUGUACAGCAUGAAGAGCUAAGGCAGGUAUUUUGCAAGAGGUGGCAGCUUGUGGCCCUGUGGAGUAGAUGCUGUUGCACAUUUGUAGUGUAAUAAUUAUCUAGACCAGUAGUUUUCAACCUUUCUUCAUUUGCGGACCCCUGAAAAACUUCAAAUGUAGGUGCGAACCCCUCUGGAAAUUCAACCUCUGGUCCACACGCCCCUGACAUAGACGUCAAACUGGAAACUGACUGAAAAGAAUUCAGUCAAUGUUGCAUGUGCAAGACACAGCAUUUGACAGUGUGAGAAAGGGCGCAAAACUGUGGGCUUCAACACUUCUGGGGUUUGACUGUAGGGGAGGUAUGGGGUUGGUUUUCCUGUCUGCUUCUUCAUAAGUUGUAACUCUUGUCUGUUGAACUGCCACGGAACAAGCAUUAACUGGAACAUCACUGCUUGUUUCACGGCUUACACUAACUGUUAGCAGCCACUGAUGGUGUCCUUUAUAAUAGUGGAGAUGCACAUGUAAGAAGAUAUUACAAUGAUUUGUCUGUGCAGCAAGCGUGUGCUGUAAAUACAUUCAUAUGUUUACUGCUUUAAAAAAAAUUGCACAUUUUAUCUUUGAAUGGGACUGCUCCCCCUCCCCUCUCGCAAAACAAAAAACAAGGCUCUUUUAAACUCUUGACAAUUUCAGGCUGGGGGGAGCUUUGCCAUGUUAUAAAUAUAUAUAAAUAUAUGUAUAAAUAUACUUUUUUAAGCAUGGGAGAGGACAAAAGAAAUACUGCAUUAUAAAGUACCCACUAUAGCUCAUUAUACAAUAGAAUAUGCACAAUUCAAUAAAGAUGUAGUUAAAUUUAA